AUAAUAACUACUGCUUUUCUGAAGUAUACAUUUAGGUGUCUCACAGUAUUCUCUUUGAGAAGCUGUAUUCAUGUGGGAUUCGCAAUCCAUUACUGAGCUGGUUAAAAUCCUUUCUAAGCAAUAGGGUACAAAUAACCAAGGUUGGAUCUGUAUUGUCUCAUCCUAGGCAGAUCACAAGUGGGGUUGUGCAAGGUAGUGUCCUAGGUCCACUUUUAUUUACAGUAUACAUUAACAGCAUUUGCAACUGCUUCACCUCAGGUAAAUCAUUCUUAUAUGCUGACGACCUCAAAGUCGUUUACUCCUGCUACGCUCAUGAACUAAGCGAUAUGGUAACUAAAAUACAUCUUGAACUAAGUGGUCUCGCAACAUGGUGUACUGAAUCCUGUCUAAAGUUCAACAUUGAUAAAUGCGGCUGGAUUUGUAUCGGCAACAGUAACCUUGACCUGAAUCUUGAAAUAAAUGGGCGUAAACUAGCCAAGCUCAACUCAGUCGUAGAUCUCGGCAUCAGAUACUCUAGUAACUUAACGUUCUCUGAACAAACUGAUUAUGCCAGACGUAAAACACGAAGGCUACUAGGAUGCAUAACUCGCAAUUUCUUUUCUUGUGAAACUAGGCUUUUAUUAUAUAAAGUAUGUGUCCGACCUAUUUUAGAAUACUGCCCGUUUAUUCUUAGCGGACUCAGACAAAAUGACAAGCUUAAGUUAGAAGGAGUGCAACGGCAAUUCACCUUAAAAAUUCUUGGUUUAGAAAGUGGUCUCCAAUACUAUGAACGUUGCGACAGACUAAGUUUAGAACCACUCUGGAAAAUACGUCUCAAGCUGAACCUAAUUUUUUACUACAAGCUAACUAAUCUGCUCGUGCACUCCUCCGAGCCAAUAAUUAAACCUACCGCUGUCAUCAGUUACAAUCUUAGAAAUCAUCACAACCUAGCUGCUAUAGAGCAUUGUCAGACUUACAUGCGGUACAACUUCUUCUUAAAUAAGUUUUCAGUCAUUUGGAAUAGACUACCAGCUGAUGUGCGUGAUGCAAACACACUCGCAGUGUUCAUCUCCUCAGUCACCAGACUGCUCAAAGAUGACAAUGCACUUCUGCGUCUGAAUCCUAGGCCCACUUUUUCG